CAGAGCCAUACAGAUGAGAAAGGGAUGCAGGAAAUUCUGUUGUUUACACGUGUCUGUAACACUGAGCCGCUAAAGCAGCCCAGCAAGCCCAGAGGGUCUGAAAAGAUAAAUAUGAAUUUAGAAUCCAUUUAUCGGUUAAUUGAGGAAACACAAAUCUUCGGGAUGCAGCAGUCAGCAGUUAAACCACCUCCCGACAUGGGAGCACCUGCCUCGGUCCCCAGGGACACCUGUAAUUCCUAUUGGCCACUUAAUGGGCUACAGUCUCAUGCUGCCCACAGCUUCUGUGCUCACGCGUGCAACACCAACGAAUGGGAUAUUUGUGAAGAGCUGCGCCUGCGGGAACUUGAAGAAGUCAAGGCCAGAGCUGCUCAGAUGGAGAAGACCAUGCGGUGGUGGUCAGACUGCACAGCCAACUGGAGGGAAAAGUGGAGUAAAGUUCGAGCUGAGAGGAACAGUGCUAGGGAGGAAGGAAGACAACUCAGAAUGAAAUUAGAGAUGACAGUGAAAGAAUUGAGUGCACUGAAAAAGAAGCAAAGUCCGCCACAUCAAAAGGAGACCUUGGAAGCUAGAGUUGCCCUGAACCAGACGUGUCCUAGUUUCAUAGAUGUGUCCUAUGUACAAAGGGAUCAAUUUCAAACUGGCUCGCAAAUGUGUGAGUCUAUCAGAGAGUGUCUGGUGAAAAGAGAAUUUCCCACAAAGGAGAACAGAAAUACUAUGGAAGAAGGUUUGAUUCUCGACCCAUUAAGAUUAAAUGAGGAGAAACUCCAUCUAGACUGCUCUGAUUUAUUCGAGAACAGUGGUUCCGGAAACUGUGCAAUGAGACCUGGGCUACGACAGCCAGUGGGACACCUGCCUUUGGAGGAUGGAGUGCCUGAAAUUUCCACUCUGCAGGAGCAUUUGGAUGAGCUCCAAAAAAUCCUUAGGAAAGAAAGGGAAAUGCGCUCAUCCCUGGAAAAAGAAGUAGAACGACUGGAGUCAGCUGUGUCUUUGUGGAAACAGAAGUAUGAAGAACUGAAAGAAUCGACAUCCAAAAAUAGGAAAGAGCUAGAGAGAUUGCAGGUGGAAAAUACAGUGGAAUGGGACCAGAGGGAAAUAUUUGAAACUGAAAAACAAGGACUGGAUAGAGAAAAUAGAAGGCUAAAGGUCCAGGUGAAAGAAAUGGAUGAACUCCUCAAGAGGAAAGAUAGAUUAAGUGCAAACUCCCAAGAUCCUGAUUUCAAGACAUCAGAAAUUGAACUGCAGGAGACAAAUAAGGAGCUGCUGGACCUUCAACAUGCCUACUGUAGACUCAGCAGCCAACACCAGGCGAAAACAGCAGAGCUGACUCUUGCCAACCACCGAGCCGAUCAGAGUGCGGCUGAGGUAAAGAAACUGCGAUUUGGAGUGGAAGAACUAAAACACAGACUCAACCAAAAAGAAAAUAAGCUUGAUGAUGUCCUGAAUCAGAUCCGUAAGCUCCAGAAAUCUCUGGAUGAACAGAAAGAAGUCAAUGAAAACUUGGAAACUGAACUCAGGCACUUACAGAACAGAUGAUGACUGAAGCAAUGAGACUGUCAUCCUGUGAAGUUUAGAAGUGGAAUAGAAAGGCUUACAUACUGUUCAUUUUGUGAUUGCCACCCUGGCUGUUGUUGUCUGCCCUAUGGAAUCGCAACCUUCCCAGCCUUACCAUUUGUAGAUCCUGACUGUCAAAUAAUGUCAUUCUUCUAUGCAAAGAUUUUCCCCUUUCAGAUAGCCUAAGCAUUUUGGUGAAGUCAUGGUUAAUUACAUAUUGAGUUUUUCCUAUCUGUAUGUCUCAUGAUUUAUAUUCGUGUCUCAAAAAUCAACUUUAUUGUUAUUAUUGGAUCUCAUUUUCUAUCCUAUUUUUUGUAAAGUACCAUGAUUCUAUCACAUUCAAUUAUUUUAAUCAUCUUUUUCUGCUCAGUGUCCUAUUUCAUAUGGCAUGUCACAUUUAUAAACUAUUUAAAUGAUUUUAAGCAUAUUCUUAUAUUGCUUUAAAAGCAGAAUGUGUUUGUCUCUGUGUUUGUGUGUGUAUAGACAUAUAUAAUUAUACAAUGGAGAAUCAGUUUCCAGGUCACUGUGUUCCCACUGGAUCAUGUGAUGCUGAGUUGAGCUGGCCCAGAGAUGUUUCUGGAAAUUGUCUUCAGCUAUGUACAUCAAAUAUAAACAUAAAGCUCACUGUAGGCUUUUAAUAUUCUACUAGAAAAACACACAAAAUUUUGUUUAUAUGGCAAGGCUUAGGAACACAGCUUCUUAUUAAGAGUUUGCCUAGAGACUAUGUUAGCCCUCUGUGUACUUUUCACACUGGCCAUAGGUAUGAUAAACCUGUAUAGUCAGGUGACCUGAUCACAUAACAAUACCACUUUCCAAUAAAUUUUUAAAAAAUCCACCCUUAUUUCUUUCUGUGUGCUGUGUACCAUACUUGGUGGGAGUCAUGGAUGAGGCUGCCAUUGAUAUCAUGAAGAUAGACAAAUGUCGACACCUAUUUUGAAACUUAUCCAGUUACAGAUGGGUAGACCAUUGUGGUCUGACUCAAGCCCAUGUCUUCUGUAUCCUAUAGCUCAUUUCCAUCCACUCAGUUACACUACAGCUCUGGGCCCGCAUACAAAGAUGUUGCCAUAUUUGAAAUAGGAUAGGGGAAGUCUGAUACUCAAUU